AUGCGUCUAUCUGCUGUGGCCAUCAUGGCAGCGCUCUUCGUGGCGCUGCCUUGCGUCGUGGCCUCCGCACCAGAAGUCACUCACAAGGUCUAUUUUGACAUGACACACGAUGGCAAGGACAUUGGUCGCAUUGUGCUGGGCUUAUACGGUAAAGUCGUGCCCAAAACCACCGAGAAUUUCCGCGCCCUAGCCACCGGUGAGAAGGGUUUCGGAUACCAAGGCAGCAGCUUCCACAGAGUCGUGAGUUGGCCAUCCGCGCGAGCACAGAGUUGAGUCAUGCUAAAUACGCCGGCGUGAUCUGCUUCGCCCGCGUUAGAUUAAAGAUUUCAUGAUUCAGGGUGGUGACUUCACCUCGGGCGAUGGACGGGGAGGCAAGAGCAUCUACGGCGAUCGGUACGUCGGCGCGCAUACAUCCUGGUCCAGAGCCUUUUCUCACAAACCAUCCUUCUCCCCGCAGCUUUGCAGAUGAGAACUUUGACCUCAAGCACGAAGGACCUGGCACCCUCAGCAUGGUGCGUUACUACCAGAAGGUGCACUAAUGUUUACGCUAACGCACUCAAGUGCAUUGCCCCUUUCAUAGGCCAACGCUGGCCGGGACACGAACGGAAGCCAAUUCUUCAUUUGCAGUGAGCAUCAUCUCCUUGCGAGGCCUGUGAAGGAUCGCUGUAGGGGAUAACUUUCGAUACUUCGCCAAGCUGAACCGAUUUCUUCCACUCAACAGCGGUCAAGACCUCUUGGUUGGACGGGCGCCAUGUCGGUAAGUGGUAGCACGUGCUCCAGCGCAAAUUUGCUUCGCUUACCACCGGCCGCUCCAAUCCCUUGCCACACGCAGUGUUCGGACGUGUCAUUGAAGGCAUGGACGUUGUUGAGCUCAUUGAGAAGGUUCGUCUAACACCGCGUGCAUUUGGAUGAAGAAGCAAACUGAUUGCGGCGCUCGCGCUUUCGUCUGCCUCUGCACAGGUUCCCAAGUCCCCUGGAGAUCGACCCAAGUCCCCCGUCACCAUCGCCAAGUCUGGAGAGCUCAAGGAAGCUGCACAUGAGGUGAAGGACGAGCUUUGAUGGUCUUGACUACUCUCCUCAACCUCUUGCUGGCGAUCAUGUUGCACACCCUCAAUGUAAAAGACGAGACGAUUCCACGCGUCAGGCGAGUCCGUCCUGCUAUCGCAGCAUGCACGCUUGCCACUCGUGUUUCAAUCCUCAUUUCUCCCUGUCACUGCGUUCUGCGAGAAUGUCUGCUUGCACCGCUUUGUGCGCACGCUUUCUGAUCCAUUGUCUUUCUUUGCCGUCUCCUCGUGCGUCUUCAGGUCGUUGUCGCCCCGCCUUCCACGCCGGCAGCUGCUGCAGCUCCAAAUUCAACGGCAGUCGUGACGCCUGUGGCAGAUCAAGUGAGCGCCAGCGGCACCAAGUCUGGCACGUCAUCAAGCGUCAAGACUGCUGGGGGCGUCUCUUUCUUAGGCUUUCUGGUCAUCAUUGGUCUGUUCGGAUUGAUUAGCACGCUCACUGUUCGACAUUUUGGUGGAGUGGCAUCAACGCGGGACAAGAUCAGACAGGUGCUGGGCACCUUCGGUGUUGGAGAUGGCGGGAGAGGAUCUUACUCUCGCGUUGGCGGCACUUCUUCCGCUGGCUUGCCUCGAUGA